UGUGUGUGGGGGAGAGAGCAGCAACGGCUAGUCGAUGAGAGAUUACGCUACGUGGGCACGUCACGUAAAGCGCUCGGGCACGGCCAAAUUUGAUGCGACCGAUAUGUGCAUGCCAAUCCACUUUGGAAGACCUUUCCAAUACUAUAUUCAUCCCAGCGUUUCUUGGGAGAAGAAGAAGAAGAAGAGAGAGAGAGGAAUACGAUGGAGAGGUCACGUAACGCAUCUCUCAGCUCUUGGCCCCAUCUCCUCGUUGCUGCAGAUACCCUUCCCCUUCCCCUUCCACCAUUAAUGAGCACAACGUUUUCCUCCCAUGUAUAAGAGGACUCUGGGUUUCCUCUCUUGUUUCUCUUCUGCUACUACUGAAGGAACUAUGCCACCCCAAGAAGAGGCAGAGGAAGGGGAGGAGGAGGAGGAGGGGAGAAAGGGGAGGCGACGGACGGCCUUCUCUAUCAACGACAACGUGGACCUGCUGGCGGAGAUACUGGGGCGGCUCGACGGGCGGUCGCUGGCGGUGGCAGGGUGCGUGUGCCGCCUCUGGAGCGCCGUCGGCCGCCGGGACAGCGUGUGGGAGGACGUUUGCCACCGUCACGCGGCCGGCGGAAGCGGGGCCACCCGGUCCGUGGUGGCCGCGCUCGGCGGGUACCGCCGGCUCUACCGGCUCUGCAUCGGGCCGGCACUGGACCGGCUCGCCGGCUCCGACGGGGCCCACCUCUCCCUCUCGCUGUCGCUCUCCCUCUCGCUCUUCUCCAUCGACUGCUACGAGCGGCUGGGCGGGAGGCAGCAGCAGCAGCAGCAGUCGGCCUCGCUGCUCUUCCUCUUCAAGCCCGUCGACGUGUCCUGAACACACGCACGUCGGCGUUUCCCUCGUGGAGCACCCAAAGUGGCGAUGUUACCUCGUAGCUGUUUCGCAUAGAUUCCCCUCCGGUCAAAGACAAGAUGGUCCCUUUGGUCAUAUCAUUAAGAUAGAAAAGUCAUGUAUGAGAAAAUGGAGUUCAAUAUAGACCCAGAAUUAGCAG